GGCAAAUGAAGACGGCGCGGUCCUUGAAGCUCUAUCUUCGUGGUUCUUUCUGAUUCUGAGACGAGUCAGUUGUGCAUCGUUGGAAAAAGCACUCGAGCAAUGAGAUGGGAUCGUCCAUGCUUUAGACCUCUUAAUACACAGACAUUGGACUCUAGAUGUUCGGUAAAAUAUCGACUACGAAGAUUCAUCGGUUACGAGAAGGUCGAAGUAGCUACUGUACACGAGAGACACGCUCGUUCGCGUUGUCGUUCCCCUUAUGACUACCACCUCACGAGCGACACCCUAUCCCCAUUCCAAAGACCACGGUAGCGUGCAUUUUGAGCUAUUAUACAGAAGCCUUCGUUACAAGCAAAAGCAGCCUCAUCCGGCAGGAGUAUGCUGUUCUUCACUUUGUCAGCCACAAAAAUUAUGAACAUUAAAAGUCGUGGUCUAGAAGCAAAAUUAGUAAAAUCGAAUCGAACUCAUUGUGGUUGUAUUCGAGUCGCCACCUCGUCUUUGUUCAAUACGUGUAUCAAUUGUCUGAUUCACAAAAGUCAACAGAAAACUUCAAAAACUACAUUUUCAUUUAUUAGGGACAAACGUAGAAGCAGGAACUGGAACAUCUGCCGUUUAGGUUUACAUGCUCGUCUGAGGCAAAAGCCGUAGGCAACUAGUGGGUGAUAAUACAUCGAAAAAAAUGGCCGACUUCAUUCCAGGCUCCCUCGAGGAGCUAGCGGCUUCGCCGCCUGUACUGGUAUCGACAUUGAAAUUUCAAUAUGAUUCUCAAUCUCAGCUAAUCGUCCUAUGUUUCUUCCCGAUGUAGCUUUAGCUUUUUUCACGUGGUCACGUUGACCUUGUGAUUUCUUCAUCGCUUAUCUAAUCCCACACCUCAGAUGCUGUCGAUGGACUACCCAGAUAUGCUCUUCAAGGAGUCACUAGUUUUCUUCUAUUGCGCCUCAAUCGUCAUAGGGAUCAUGGAAUCGCAGCGAGUGGUACCAUUACUAUGAGGUAUGUGCCUGAGUCUUUCUGAAGAUUUAGAUUUUCCAGCUCCUGUUGGCAGUGGCACAGAGUAAAUUGGUACGUGCCGCUUGUAGUACUGCAGAAAAUUUGGUAGCUAAAAGUGAAAUUCAACUGAUCUCAUCUUCACAUCUACGGAUCGCGAUCGCUAUCACCCUCACCUCAGUACACUUUUGCACACUUGGCGCUUCUUUCGAUAAUCCGGGCAUUCGGCGCAUAUGGCUUCGUUCUUCCAGUGAUGCUAGGUAUAAUUUCCAUGAUCAGCGAUAAAAGAUGAAGAUACACUGCGCUUCAUGGAAAGAUUUCCAGAGAAAGCUAACACACGAAAUAGCUACACCUCAAACAAAAUCCUUUCUAAGACUCACACGAACUGAGCUGUGAUUGUAACAUCAAUCUUUGAAAACCCACACCAGGUCAGCUUCCAAAUAGAGCGUUUGAGUCAACGGACACGUAUUUUUGGGUCUUGUUUUGCGCUUCGCUUUAUGGCGGAUUUUUCGUCCCUCAUAUCAUGCCAGAGUCGACACACAAGUGGUUCCAGAUGUUUCACCACUUUUGCUACAGCAUCAUUCGAGGAAACUCCCUGGGCCACGGAUUCUCCCUCACUGUAUUUUUCUACAUGUAGUAGUUCUAGUUGGUAGUUCAUAUGUUCAAGCUUUUACUCAUAGAAGUUCAAGAUCAAGCUCAACAAGCUCUAGCUGGUCAGAGCCAACAUGCCUUGCUCAGGCUUUAGCCAAAAACUUCAUCUACACGACCAUCAUGACAACUACAACUGUUUUUGUCUUGCAAGUCAUUCUCCUACACCUCCCACGGAUAACAACAAUGAACCUCCAACUGCACACCUCCCGCUGUAGUAGAACGAUGACCGCUAAGAGCUAAACAGCGAAACAAACUACAUACCUCGACAGGUGAAUCUGGUACCGACAUCAUUACUCGCACCAUUUUUUGGCGGCUUCGUUGCAGUCAACGGACACGCCUUUCUCGAAAAUGGUCUUAGCGUAGCGGAUAGCCUUAAACUGAAUUGCGACACCGUUUUUUUAUGGCUGACGGUUUCGGUUUGUAUUUGCAAUACAAAUUCAGCAACGAACGAGAGAGAGAUAAAAGCAAGAUUGAGUUGUUGUUGUAAGAGUAUAAUGAGUAUUGACAUCAAGUAGUUUAAGCAAAAGAAACCACAACCAAAGAGAGUAGAUCUUUGAUCAUCUUCAUCCUUAUGUAGUCAACAACAUAGAUACUCUUUUUUAUUCUCGUGGUAAGCCCCUGUCCACCGGGUUAACCUCUAACAUUUGGCGUCGUCGGUGGCUGCGUCUACUUCCUCUUGAUCCAGUAUCUUGCGGUGCCUGCUGGUGUCGCACGAGUCUGUCUCGUCAUUCUCCACGUACCUCAAUAUACAACCUUUUUUUUGCUAUAUCUGAGGCAUGACCUUUCGUAGGGUUUUCAACCUGCUCUUUGUUACUGGCAUCAAAUCGAUAGAGAUCGAGAUUCAUUAUUUUUUUGCAGCUCCACGUCGGGUGAUGUCGUCAUAAUAUUGAUUCAUUCUGCUGACAACCAAGCAACGUCGAAUCGACGUCAACCUCAGGAAGUAAAGCGUCAAGGACUUCUCAAUCUGACUCAGACUCUCUUUAUUCCAAAAUGAAAUUGUAAAUGAUCAAACCUCAUCUUCAUAAAGCAACCUAACGAUAAUGACGCAGAAUGACUCUGUAUUUCCAAAAUAGGAAUGUUGUAAAUGGAAAUGAUCUUCAAACCUCACCAACAAGGUCGCUCUUGACCAUGGAUUGUCGGACUAUUUGGCACAUAUGGUCGUCGCCAAGUACGAUAAGGUUGCGGCAUUUAUCAAAGCGAAGAUGUCUAAGUCUACCCAACCGAAAGUUAAGGGUUUACAGAUUGCAUCCUUCACUACCAUCCUUCGCUGCUCCUUUUCAAGAAGGAAAUAGGUCAAGGAUGUUCUGAAGAAUGCAACUCGGCAACCUUUAAGAAAUCGGCUGCAAUGAAGUCAGUUGCCAAACGAGGCCGCUCCAAGACUCCGAAGAAGUAGACAAGGAGGCUUGUAGAAGAAAGUGGAUGAUCAUGAUGAAUGCGCUGCGUUAUUAACAACUGAUAGAUACAAGUACAACUGCAACUGGAGCUAUGAUGUAUGUUGUUGAACAAUUCAUCUACAAAAGAUUGUGUUGACACCCUUGAACAUCAUCAAAUGCUAUUUUAUUACAUUAAAUCGAUCCAAUCUAGAUCCGAAAGAACAAAGUGAAAAUGAAUCCGAACAACAAGAGUAACAAUCUAUUUUCUUUCUUCUAUACUUCAGAAAUGGGCGACUCCUCGGAGAGAGAUAGAGCAAUUGAAAAGUUAACGACAACAAGCAACUAGAACUAUCAAAAAUUAGAACAACAUAUUUAGUAGGUUCGUUUAGGUAGAAAACAAAAUUAAAUCUAAAGAACACCGAAUUCGCAUAAAUGAUGAAUGUAAUUAGUUCUUGAUCUCAGCAUGCUAUAGAUCAUGUGCUAACACCAGAUGUUAGAGUCGUCCCCUCGCCGAAUAUUGAAUAUGAUAAGUGUGGACGUUGAUAAAUAAAUUGAUAAUCAUCAUCAAUCAUCAUCAUGUCACAGUAGUCGCGACCUCUACAUGCGGCUGCAGCGGUAUCAUCACAGUCUUGUUUGUUUGUGUGCUACUUACUCUAGCACAGAACAGUAGCUCAGCCUAUCACUGUCCUUCUUACGAU